UCAUCUCCUCCACCCAAUCCACCACACACCAGCCAGAACUCACGCGACACACCAUCCAGAUGACGAUGCUUAGGGUUUCCCCGUCACCGGCCGCCGCCGCCGCCGCCGCCGCCACCGCCAACCAUGUCUCUCGGCCCGCCGUGACCCCGGCUUCCGUCCGGGUGCCGGCGCCGCGCGUCUCGCCGUCGGCCGCGGCCGCGUGCAGGGCGGCGGGCAAGGGCAAGGAGGUGCUCAGCGGGGUCGUCUUCCAGCCCUUCGAGGAGAUCAAGGGGGAGCUCUCCCUCGUGCCCCAGACCGCGGACAAGUCCCUCGCGCGCCAGAAGUUCGUCGACGAAUGCGAGGCGGCCAUCAACGAGCAGAUCAAUGUGGAGUACAAUGCCUCCUAUGCGUACCACUCCCUCUUUGCCUACUUCGACCGCGACAACGUGGCUCUCAAAGGAUUUGCCAAGUUCUUUAAGGAAUCAAGCGAUGAGGAGAGAGAGCAUGCUGAAAAGUUCAUGAAGUACCAGAACACACGUGGAGGCAGGGUCAGUCUCCAGUCCAUUGUCACUCCCUUAACAGAGUUUGACCACCCUGAGAAAGGCGAUGCUUUGUACGCCAUGGAGCUGGCUCUGGCUCUGGAGAAAUUGGUUAAUGAGAAGCUGCACAACCUGCAUGCUGUGGCGACCAGGUGCAAUGAUCCUCAGCUGACAGACUUCAUCGAGAGUGAAUUUCUCUCGGAGCAGGUUGAAAGCAUCAAGAAGAUCUCCGAGUAUGUUGCCCAGUUGAGGAGAGUGGGCAAGGGACACGGGGUGUGGCACUUUGAUCAGAAGCUGCUGGAGGAAGAGGCCUGAAGGAAGGAAACACCGUGGAGUAGUAGGGGUGGGAAGCUGCUCCAGGAUCAGAUUAUGCGGCGGGAGCAACCAAGCGCUAGGGUUGUGUAGUAGCAUUAGGGCCGACCGUGUUGCUUAGAUGCACUGAGAAGCAGUAGAACUUGGGAUGUUAUUGCUGUGGCUUGGGGUGCUCGUUGCCUGCCGGCCUUUGCAAUCUUAUUAUUAUGGGAAAUAAAAAUCACACGGAUGGUACUGUACCUUAUUGCAAGUACCGUGGAAAGUGGGCUCGCGAAAAUGUUUGGAUUUUAACACAGUAGUACUUUCGUUGUUAUUUGAUAAAUAAUAUUUAAUCAUGGACUAAUUAGAUUUAAAAAA